AUGUCCCCCGUUUCCGUCCUCCCACUGCUCCUCUUGGCCAUGGGGGGGGGCCUGGGCAGCGGCCAGCCCUUCCGCGCCUUCAUUGUGACGGACAGCACGCUCACCCACCUGGCCGUGCACCGUGUGAUGGGGGAGGUGUUCAUGGGCACCGUGAACCGCAUCUUUAAGCUGACCCCCUACCUGACGGAGCUGCGGGCCCACGUCACGGGGCCCGUGGAGAACAACGCACGCUGCUACCCGCCCCCCAGCAUGCGCGUGUGUGCCCACUGCCUGGCGCCCGCCAACAACAUGAACAAGCUGCUGUUCAUCGACUACGUGGCCCAGUGCCUGGUGGCCUGCAGCAGCGUCUGGCAGGGCAUCUGCCAGUUCCUGCGGCUGGAUGACCUGUUCAAGCUGGGCGAGCCGCACCACCGCAAGGAGCACUACCUGUCCGGGGCCCAGGAGCCCGACUCCAUGGCGGCGGUCAUCAUGGAGCAGGGCCAGGGGCCUAGCAAGCUCUUUGUGGGCACCGCUGUUGAUGGCAAGUCUGAGUACUUCCCCACCCUGAGCUCCUGCAAGCUCAUUGGCGAUGAGGAUGGUGCCAACAUGUUCAGCCUGGUGUACCAGGACGAAUUUGUCUCGUCCCAGAUCAAGAUCCCCUCUGACACCCUGUCCCUGUACCCCGUCUUCGACAUCUACUACAUCUACGGCUUCGUGAGCGCCUCCUUCGUGUACUUCCUGACCCUGCAGCUUGACACCCAGCAGACCCUGCUGGACACGGUGGGCAAGUUCUUCACGUCCAAGAUCAUGCACAUGUGUGCAGGAGACUUAGAGUUCUACUCCUACGUGGAGUUUCCCAUCGACUGCUCCUGACGGGGGGUGGAGUACCGCCUGGUGCAGAGCACCCACCUGGCCAAGCCGGGCCUGCUGCUGGCCCAGGCCCUGGGCGUGCCCGCCGACGAGGACGUCCUCUUUACCAUCUUCUCCCAGGGCCAGAAGAACCAGGCCAGCCCGCCGCGGCAGACUGUCCUCUGCCUCUUCACAUUCAGCGCCAUCAAAACCCACAUCUGGUGCCACAUCCAGUCCUGCUACCAGGGGGAGGGCACACUGGCCCUGCCCUGGCUGCUCAACAAGGAGCUGCCCUGCAUCAACACUCCCAUGCAGAUCAACAGAAACUUCUGUGGGCUGGUCCUGAACCAGCCGCUCGGCGGCCUGCACGUGAUUGAGGGGCUGCCCCUGCUGGCCGACAGCACCGACGGCAUGGCCAGCGUGGCUGCCUACAUCUACUGCCAGCACCCCGUGGUCUUUGUGGGCACGUGCAGCGGCAGCCUGAAGAAGGUGUGGGUUGAUGGCUCCCAGGACGCCCACCUGUACGAGACAGUCCCCGUGGUGGACGGCAGCCCCAUUCUCCAAGACCUGCUCUUCAGUCCUGACCACCAGUACAUCUACCUCCUGAGUGAGAAGCAGGUGAGCCAGCUCCCUGUGGAGACCUGUGAGCAGUACCUGAGCUGUGCAGCCUGCCUGGGCUCUGGGGACCCCCACUCUGGUUGGUGUGUGCUGCAGCACAGCUGCUGCCACAAAGAGGCCUGCCUGAGUGCCUGGGCCCCGCACAGCUUUGCGGAGGAGCUCAGAAAGUGUGUACAGGUGCGGGUACGGCCCAACAAUGUGUCGGUGAUGUCGCCCAGUGUGCAGCUGACCGUGGCCAUGCGCAACAUGCCCAACCUCAGCACGGGCGUGAGCUGUGCCUUCGAGGAGGUGAUGGAGAGCGAGGCCCUCCUGCUGCCUUCCGGGGAACUGUGCUGCUCCUCACCCUCCCUCCAGGAGCUGCGGGCUCUCACCCAGGGGCAUGGGGCCACCCGCACGGUGCAGCUGCAGCUGCUCUCCAAGGAGAUGGGGGUGUGCUUUGCUGGGGUGGACUUGGUCUUCUACAACUGCAGCAUACUCCAAUCGUGUAUGUCGUGCGUGGGCAGCCCCUACCCCUGCUACUGGUGUAAGUACCACCACGUGUGCAGCAGCCACCCCCACGAGUGCUCCUUCCAGGAGGGCAGGGUCUGCAGCCCCGAGGGCUGCCCUGAGAUCCUGCCCAGUGGGGACCUCCUGAUCCCAGUCGGCAUCAUGCAGCCUGUCACCCUGCGGGCCAAAAACCUGCCACAGCUGCAGUCAGGCCAGAAGAACUACGAGUAUGUGGUGUGCGUGCAGGGGCGGCAGCAGCGGGUGCUGGCUGUGCGCUUCAACAGCAGCAGUGUGCAGUGCCAGAACUUCUUGUACUCCUAUGAAGGUGACGAGUAUGGGGACACUGAGCUGGACUUCUCCGUGGUCUGGGAUGGAGAUUUCCCCAUCGACAAGCCCCCCAGCUUCUGAGUCCUCCUGUACAAGUGCUGGGCGCAGCGGCCCAGCUGCGGCCUCUGCCUCAAGGCCGAUCCCCGCUUCAACUGUGGCUGGUGCAUCUCGGAGAACAAGUGCCAGUUGCGGGCCCACUGCCCGGCCCCCAAAAUCAACUGGAUGCACCCGAGCCAGAAGAGCCCUUGGGCAUCACGACCCCGUCCGGCCCCACACGUCCACCCCCUCAUGGGACCCAAGGAGGGUGGUACCCGCGUCAAGCUAGUUGGCGAGAACCUGGGCCUCACCUCCCGAGAGGUGGGCCUGCGUGUGGCCGGUGUGCACUGCAACUCCGUCCCUGCCGAGUAGGUCAGCGCCGAGAGGAUCGUGUGCGAGAUGGAGGAGUCGCUGGUGCCCAGCCUCCCACCGGUGCCUGUCGAGCUGUGGGUGGGCGACUGCUCAGCCGACUUCUGCACGCAGUCGGAGCAGCUCUACACCUUCGUGACCCCAACUUUCUACCGCGUGACCCCUAGUCGGGGCCCGGCCUCGGGGGGCACGCGGCUCACCAUCUUGGGCAAUUCCCUGGACACGGGCAGCAGGGUCACCGUGACUGUGAGAGAUGGCGAGUGCCAGUUUGUGAGGAGAGACGCCGAGGCCAUCGUGUACAUCUUGCCUGCAUCCACCCUGGGUCCCAGCCAGGCCCUCAUCACGGUCUCCAUCAAUUGAGCCAACAUCUCCAGCCCCAGGGUCACCUACAUCACCCAAGACCCCACUGUCACUCACCUCAAGCUCACCUGGAGCAUCAUCAACGGGAGCAGCGCUAUCACCGUGAGUGGCACCCACCUACUGACAGUCCAGGAGCCCCACGUGUGCGCCAACUACCACGGCAUCGAGACCACCAAUACGUGCCAGGUGAUCAAUGACGCAUCCAUGAUGUGUAAGGCACCUGGCAUCUUCCUGGGGCGGCUCCAGCCGCAGGCCCAGGGCGAGCACCCCGACGAGUUUGGCUUCCUGCUGGACCACAUGCAGGCGGCCUGCUCCCUCAACCGCUCUGCCUUUACUUACUACCCUGACCCCAGCUUUGAGCUACUGGGGCCCUCCGGCGUGCUGGACGUUAAGCCGGGCUCCCACGUGGUGCUGAAGGGCAAGAACGUGAUCCCCACGGCGGCCGGCAGCUCCCACCUCAACUACACGGUGCUGAUCGGGGGUCAGCCGUGCGCGCUGACCGUCUCGGACACGCAGCUCCUCUGCGACUCGCCCAGCCAGACCGGCCGGCAGCCCGUCAUGGUGCUGGUGGGUGGCCUGGAGUUCUGGCUGGGCACGCUGCACAUCACGGCCGAGCGUGCGCUGACCCUGCCUGCCCUGGUGGGGCUGGGCGGGCUCUUGCUGCUGGCCAUCACCGCCGCGUUUGUGGCCUACAAGCGGAAGACGCAGGAUGCCAACCGCACGCUCAAGCGGCUGCAGCUGCAGAUGGACAACCUGGAGUCCCGCGUGGCCCUGGAAUGCAAGGAAGCCUUUGCUGAGCUGCAGACGGACAUCAACGAGCUGACCAACCACAUGGACGGAGUGCAGAUCCCUUUCCUGGACUACCACACCUAGGCCGUGCGCGUCCUCUUCCCGGGCAUCGAGGCCCACCCGGUGCUCAAGGGGCUGGACUCCCCGCAGACGCUCCCCAACGUGGAGAAAGCCCUGCGUCUCUUCGGGCAGCUGCUGCACAGCUGCGCCUUUGUGCUCACCUUCAUCCACACCCUGGAGGACCAGAGCAGCUUCUCCAUGCGCGACCGGGGCACCGUAGCCUCGCUCACCAUGGUGGCCCUGCAGAGCCGGCUCGACUAUGCCACGAGGCUGCUCAAGCAGCUGCUGGCCCACCUCAUCGAGAAAAACCUCGAGAGCAAGAACCACCCGAAGCUGGUGCUGCGCAGGACCGAGUUGGUGGCUGAGAAGAUGAUCACCAACUGGUUCACCUUCCUGCUGCACAAGUUCCUGAAGGAGUGCGCCGGGGAGCCGCUGUUCCUGCUCUACUGCGCCAUCAAGCAGCAGAUGGAAAAGGGCCCCAUCGACGCCAUCACGGGCGAGGCCCGCUACUCCCUGAGCGAGGACAAGCUCAUCCGCCAGCAGAUCGACUACAAGACGCUGACCCUGCACUGCUUGUGCCCGGAGAGCGAGGGCAGCACCCAGGUCCCGGUGAAGGUUCUCAACUGCGACAGCAUCACCCAGGCCAAAGACAAGCUGCUGGACGCCAUGUACAAGGCCAUCCCGUACUCCCAGCGCCCCAAAACCGAGGACAUGGACCUAGAGUGGCGCCAGGGCCGCAUGGCCCGCAUCGUUCUCCAGGAUGAGGACGUCACCACCAAGAUCGAGUGUGACUGGAAGAGGGUCAACUCGCUGGCUCACUACCAGGUGACAGAUGGCUCCCUGGUGGCACUGGUGCCCAAACAAGUCUCUGCUUAUAACAUGGCCAACUCCUUCACCUUCACGCGCUCCCUCAGCCGCUAUGAGAGCUUACUGCGCACGGCCAGCAGCCCCGACAGCCUCCGCUCGCGGGCGCCCAUGAUCACACCCGACCAGGAGACGGGCACCAAGCUAUGGCACCUGGUGAAGAACCAUGAGCACGCUGACCACCGCGAGGGGGACCGGGGCAGCAAGAUGGUGUCUGAGAUCUACCUGACAAGGCUGCUGGCCACCAAGGGCACCCUGCAGAAGUUCGUGGAUGACCUCUUUGAGACCGUGUUCAGCACUGCCCACCGGGGCUCGGCCCUGCCCCUGGCCAUCAAGUACAUGUUUGACUUCCUGGAUGAGCAGGCCGACCAGCGCCAGAUCAGCGACCCUGACGUGCGGCACACCUGGAAGAGCAACUGCCUGCCCCUGCGCUUCUGGGUGAACGUCAUCAAGAACCCGCAGUUCGUGUUCGACAUCCACAAGAACAGCAUCACAGACGCCUGCCUGUCGGUGGUGGCACAGACUUUCAUGGACUCCUGUUCCACCUCCGAGCACCGGCUGGGCAAGGACUCGCCCUCCAACAAGCUGCUCUAUGCCAAGGACAUCCCCAAUUACAAGAGUUGGGUGGAGAGGUACUACCGAGACAUCGCCAAGAUGGCCUCCAUCAGCAACCAGGACAUGGACGCCUACCUGGUGGAGCAGUCCCGCCUGCACGCCAGUGACUUCAACGUUCUCAGCGCACUCAGCGAGCUCUACUUCUACAUCGCCAAGUACCGCCAGGAGAUCCUUGCCGCCCUGGACCGAGAUGCCUCUUGCCGGAAGCAUAAGCUGCGCCAGAAGCUGGAGCAGAUCAUCAGCCUCUUUUCCAGCAACAGCUAAGGGUGGCGCGGCCGGGCGAGGAGGGGCCUCUCUCAAGGAGGGGUGGGGUGGGGUGGGCAGCUCCGCCUGGGUCCCCAGACUGAGCCCUGGGACAGGUGGCAUGGGGGAGGGUGCCGGGGGCCCCCUUCACCAGUGCCUUUCUUCGGGCCCUGCGGGGGGCAGGGGGUGGCAGGACCAAGGCCCCCAUCCCAGUGUCCCAGCAGCAAUAGUCCCCCCACUCACCCCCACCCACCCCCAGCUCCUCCUGUGCCCAGGUGUGAGCUAGCCCCUGCCCUCCUGGCCAGGUCUCCCCCCAACCACCUAUUUAUUUAAUUUAACUCCACCUCACCUUUUCCACCUGUAAAUACAUGUCCCUCCUGGGAUGUUGCCAGCCUCACUCUCCUUCCUCUCCUUGCGUUGUUCUGGGCCCUGCCUCCUGGCCCGGGCUGCUUGUGACAUUGCCAACCUCGGCCCAGUCUCUGGCACCUCACCCUUGUGAUGGGCAGCCCCAGCCACCCCUAGAAGGGGACCUUGGCACUAGCAGCACGCUGCUUGUGGGGCGGUGCAUCUGAAGGUGCGAGGGUCACCCUCCACAGUGGACCACAGCACCCCCCUCCAAACUUCUGGGGAGUUGGACUCUACGUUCUCCCAGGGCCCUGCUCUCUCUGAGCACCAGGAACGCAGUACCCAGGUGUAAGCCGGGCCUGACCUGGGCCGGGGGCUCCGGAACUCUCCUCCCGGCCCAACUGCCAAACUUCCUCAGUGGGGUCUGCACUAGCCUGGGACACCUUCACCCUCAGCUGCCCUGUCCUGUGCCCGCCCUGAGGGUGCCGAGGUGGCAGUGCCUUACUCCUUCGUGUCUUCUGCCUCUUCUGAGGGAUCUGGCCCCAUUUCGUGGUCUGCACCACCAGGAAAAGCU